ACCUGCUUGCGAUCGCGAUAUUGACUUGACGGAAGGGAGAAUAUUUAUUUAUAAAAAUAUAUUGAAAUUACUGUAAUUUUUAUGGAAAUUUGUAGCGUCUCCCUGUCGUUGUUAGCAUCUCUUUAUUUAUACUGUUAUAUAGAUCAGAAGAGUGAUACCAACAUGUAUGUUAUUCAGAAAUAAAGACAUUCUUGUGUCGCAGUGUUAUGGAAAGCAUUAGUCAUGAAAUACUUUUGUGCAAUUAUUGUUUUUUGCUUAUCCGUGAGUGAAAGUCAGUCAACGACCCCAGAAAAAACAGAUUCUCUCUCAUCAUUAAAGGCAAACGGGACGUCGGAGCAAAAAGUAUGGAACAUAAAACUUGACAUAAAUUUUUCCAAAACACUACCAGCAACGAUAUCGCGUUCUGUGGGAAACGAUGUAAGGUUCAAAUGUGAGGCUCUCAUGAACUUUACUAAAGUAUAUACAAAAAAUAAAGAAGGUAUAGAAACGUCCCUAGAAGAGGUCCCUGAUCACAUUCUUCAAACUUUAAUGAAAAAUGUGAAGGUAUAUUGGCUCAAGGACAAGAAAACCAUAACAGAGAGCGAAAAAGUUAAAAUAACAACUAAAAUAGACAAGACUAAUGGUACAGUUGGCACUAACCUCAGAGUUAAAGACAUUAGCACUAUUGAUGAAGGUAAUUACACUUGUGUAAUAAAGCAGACAUAUGAAAAACGACAGACUUCAAGACUGAUUGUGAUAAAAGACAAUGAUGGCAUUGAGAACUAUGAGCUACCGACAUACACAUCGUUAUUUCCACAUUCUGACAUAGCUAAGGACCUAGAUAUUAAUGUGAAGACAACAGAUUUGGCUCCUGAGGGUAUGAGAUCUAGUUCAGUAGCUACCAAGAGUCCACUGAUACCAGAGAAAUUGGAACCAAUUUGCCAGGAGUAUGAGGGUAAGAUUUGUGAGUUACAUCUCAAAGGACAGUUUGUUUACAUCCCAUAUUAUACUACACAAGCUGCUGUAGAGGAUAAGUUGAUAAAAGCUAUCCAAGUUACCAAGUAUUCCAAUGACAUCAGCUCUCAAUGUGAAGGUUAUGCAUUGCCAAGUCUCUGCUAUUCCACAUUCCCUAUUUGUAGAGAUCCCAUAGUGACCAAUGACAACUUUGUUAAAGAGGCAAAGAGAGUAUUUGAUAUAGUAUCAGCCAUAUCUAAUGAAGCAGAUGAUUCACCGCCUAUAGUUUUUGAAGGAUUGACUCCAUUGACCCAAAAUUAUAGUAUACUAGACACACUGAAUUAUCGCCACAAUUCUACAGUUCUAAGGCGAGUCUGUAAACAAGACUGUGAAAUCUUAGAAAAUGAAUUAUGUCAAAUGGAGUAUGCUAUAGCUAAGAGACAUCCACAUAUUGGUCAGCAGUUAACCUUAGAGGAGUGCCAAGACCUGCCGGAAGAUGAUAUUGAUUGUUUGAAGAUUGGCAUUGGAGCUGUAAUGGUAUCAGAUGAUGAAUGUUACUGGGAGGAUGGUAGUGGUUACCUGGGAAAGGUCAAUGUGGCUCAUAAUGGAAUGGCCUGUGUUGAAUGGUCAAAACAACUUCGAGUUAGAGUGUCAGAUUAUCCAGAAUUGGCUGGACGACACAGCUAUUGCAGGAACCCUGGAGGACUCAAGUCUCAACCAUGGUGCAUAGUAGACAAAGACAGGAAAACUGAAGAACUUUGUGAUAUACCUAAAUGUGCACAUAAAAUCUGGAUAUACAUUGUAAUUGUGUUCUUACUAUUGACCUUAUCUAUCAUUGGAUUCAUUAUCUGUGUGUGCUAUAGACACAAAAACAAGGGGAAUGCAGCUACCAUUAGGGAUAUCAAUUUACCAAAUGCUGAUAAGAAUAUUUACGGGAAUUCUAGAUUGAACUCUCCAAUAGAAAUGAAUGAGUUACUAACUAAUCAAAAUAUUGCCAAUCAGCCACACUUGACUAGAAAUACUAGAGGUAAUGGCAUAUUACGUAUUCCACAGUAUUCUCUUUCGCAAAUAAAAUUCUUGGAGGAAUUAGGUGAAGGUGCUUUUGGUAAAGUCUACAAGGGAGCUCUGAAGAGAAAUGGCGAAACUCAGUAUGUAGCUGUGAAGGCUUUAAAGGAAAACGCGUCGGCGAAAACUCAGGCUGAUUUUAGAAGAGAAAUAGAUUUGAUAUCAGAACUGAAUCAUGAUAAUAUUGUAUGUAUAGUUGGGGUAGCUUUAAGAGAGGAACCAUUAUGUAUGCUGUUUGAGUUUAUGGCGCGCGGCGACUUGCAUGAGUUCCUUAUGGGAAGGGCGCCUCCUUCUGGCAAGGGCUUGCCUGCACUGCGGCUGCUGAACAUAGCACACAACAUAGCCAGUGGGAUGCAGUAUUUAGCAUCACAUCACUAUGUUCACAGAGACCUGGCUGCAAGAAAUUGUUUAGUGUCUGAUGACUUUAUUGUGAAAAUAUCAGAUUUUGGACUAUCAAGAGACAUUUAUAGUUCGGAUUAUUAUAGAGUGCAAUCAAAGAGUCUUCUACCAGUUAGGUGGAUGCCUCCAGAGUCCAUUCUUUAUGGCAAAUUCACAACAGAGAGUGACAUCUGGUCUUAUGGUGUUGUGUUGUGGGAAAUAUACAGCUAUGGCCUGCAACCAUAUUAUGGGUACAGCAACCAAGAGGUGAUAUCGAUGGUGCGAGGCGGCGAACUGUUGGCGGCCCCUGCGGCCUGUCCUCCACCCAUGUACUCUCUCAUGAGGGACUGUUGGAAACACGCGCCGCAGCGGAGGCCUAACUUCGAAGAGAUUGUGAACAGGAUAGGGGAAUGGAUCCAAAUGGGUGGCUGUCCUGAAGUGGCGCCUUCGGACUCAGGCAGCAGUUGCGGACACCGACCAACAGGGUCCACCAGAGACCUCCAAGAGCGAGUACCGCUUCUCCCCCCACAUUGCUCGUCGUCUAACGGAUCUCUCGCCACAGGCAGCCUCAAGAAAUUCACAGCCUCCAGCUCUAGAGUCGACGAUAACUGCUCCACUUGCAGCGAAGUCCCACCACUAGCACCCAAAGCGAAAAAACACAGUUCGGGAUCCCUCAUAGACACAGACAAGGUAGGCAAAGAAACAGUCGUAAGGAUACCAAACGUAGGAAGUUUUGGCAAUGAAAUAUAGUUAUAUGUAGGUAGCCAAUAAGUCGCAUUUUAGCCCCGAACAUGCCAGCACAUUUGCAUGUACAAAAGUACAUAGAUAAAGACUGAUAAAGAAAUUAGAAUUUGAGAGCAGUGUGUACUUACUUUUCGUUUACAGUCGCAUGCAUCGAUGAGUUAAUACCCAAAAGACAUUUUUCUUACUAACCAAGAGUAGAAAUUUUCGACCGGAUGUUUCGUACCAUUGGAAGUAUAUACCAUUCUAAAUGUAGUUCUACCUAAAUCACGUGCAUUUAUCAUUGUUUAUGGAAUAAAAAAGGACGGUUUUGUCAUCUUGCAAAUCAGCAGAAUUUUUGAUGAUUUUAUUUUUGAUUAUAUUGUUUUUUUUUAAGAUAUGCUGAUGAUGUGAUCCAACAGUUUAUAUCGUAAUAAACUUUGUAAGUACUCAUAUUUAAUAAUUAAAUUAACAAAUCACACUUCCUGUAUGAUUUAAAGUACUACUAAAGUCAUAAUUAAGUCGAAAUCCUAACUUCGUUGUGUGAAAAUAUUGGUGUUUAUUCUUUUACGAGAGUUAGUUGUAAGGGUUCUAAAUGAAAGUGGUUGUGUAGAAGUUAGUACUUAGGCAAUUGUACUGUUUCCUUUUUUCUGUUGUUUUAUUUAAUAAGUACAGUCAAGGGUGGAUUUAGAGGGUUAACCAACAGAAACUAAUAAAGAAGUUUUAAAUUCUACACAAUAUACAAAGUCUGGGAAAAAUAACCCUCAUAAUAUUCUGGAUCCGCCCCUGAGUACAAACUAUUAUUUAUGUCUAGAGAUCACUAAUUUAUCGGAACAAGAACGUUAAGGUAGCUCAAUUUUUACAAUAUUG